AUGAAAACUCAGCAGCGGCCUGUGCUUGCUUAUGCGCACUAUAUCUCGGACGACUUGAAAACCGGCAAGAAAGGGUCGGUGACGCUAGAAAAACCAGCCUCUGGGUCACCCAUUCUCACGCUGGUUUAUAAACUGAGCAAUGAUUUGAAGGUUUUCGCAACGGCGUCUGUGAAGAACUUCCAAGCGUCGAAAGUAGGUGGGGCGGUCUCGCUCCGUAACGUGAAGAAAGUGCGAAGCGGUGUGCUUGAUAUGGUUGUCGACGUUAAAGAUGAGGACCGCCGAACAACUUACACGUACCAGACGGUUGUUGACGACAAGAACAAGUACUCUCUGGCUGUUUCUGCAAAUGGUGGCCCGCUCGGCGUCUUUAAAAAGGAAGAGGAACGCAGGGCCCAUAUCAAAUGGGACGCAACCCUUGACGAUAUCGAUGCGCUACAAAUCAAGUACUCUUUCGCUUCGGACAACGAUGUCGAUGUCAAGUUGACUCAUCGUGUGGAUGACAAAUGGAGCUGGGAUGCCACGUAUCACUACAAGAACGAGUCGUUCAGCGCGAAUCUCAUUCGCCGGAUCUCGGACGACAAGAGCCUGAAAAUCGGAGGCAACUUUCGGAGCAAGGCCUAUCAGGUGGAAUACAAAAUCGGGGCGGAGGAUGGCGGGCCCUAUAUCUUCACCCUUAAGGGAAUGGUGGAUGAGAACUCAAAACUGCGUGACACGCUCAACCAGUCAGAGUUUGGUCUGAAGAAACGUUUCGAUUUUUAA